AUGUCUACCCCAACGUCGACCACUAUCGUUCUCAUCACAGGCGCAAACCGCACCGACGGCAUAGGCUACGCCGCUGCUCGUCAACUCGCUCUCCAACACGGUUUCACCGUCAUCUUAGGCUCUCGUACUCUCUCUUCGUCUCUCGACGAGGCUGUCAAGCAGCUCGAGAAGGAAGGGGCGAAGAACGGAGUUCAUGCUCUUCAGAUUGAUGUGGCUAGUUCAGAGAGCGUGAAGAGGGCCGCGACAGAAGUGGCGGAGAAGUUUGGGAAGCUCGAUGUCUUGGUAAAUAACGCGGCGCUGGGCCUUCCUCCUUCCCGCACUGAGCUCAUCGACGCCUGGCCAAGGAUGAUGCUCGGACCCACGGAGCACACAAGGAAAGACUUCGAGGAGGUUUUUGCCGUUAAUGUAUUUGGUAUUGUCGACACGAUCAACGCCUUUGCGCCCCUUCUUGCCAAAUCCUCAUCCCCCCGCAUCGUGAAUGUGACCUCCGGCGCUGGCUCCUUGGGCUGCAUGUCAUGGUUCCCGUCCAGCGAUAGCGGAGCGAGCUCCAUCGUCUACAGUUCUUCGAAAGCAGCACUGAACAUGCUCACUGUCAUGUACAGUAAAGACCUACCGAAGUUGAACCCUGCCUUCAAGGUCAACGCGGGAUGUCCGGGCCAUACCUCUACGUCAUUCACCAAGCACACUGGCGCCCGUUCACCCGACGAAGGUGCCGCGGUUGUUACCUGGCUUACCACACUUCCAGACGACGGGCCUAACGGUGGAUUCUACUGCGAUCAUCCUCCAUAUUCGCAGAAGAACGGUGACUUCAAGGUCGUAGAGUGGUAA